AUGGAUUAUCUUAUACCUAGGAUAGAUCUUUGGUUAUUCGUGGAGUUCCUAUGCUGUCCACCGGCUAAAGUAGCAGUCUGUAAUGGAGUUUCUGUCAGACCUGGAUGUCGCAUCGCCCAGUUUGAGGAAUCUCAGAAGGCGUCCACGUUUUUGCGGGCAGGGUAUCUUUACAAUAUGUUCCACAUCUACACAUCUGCACAUCUUAAGCAUUGGACAAUUCAUUUCCUUUUCGCACAUAAACUUCGAAAUGGAGAGGUGCCGACCGCUCAUGGAAUUUUUAUCAUCUCGCUGUCGCUCAUCUAUCACAUUUUAGUGUGA